AUGGCGAUCUGUACUUAUAACGCACGUACGCUUGCAUCGGAAGCGGCCAUCGAAGAUCUGAUGAUGCAAGCCAAGAAGAUCAAGUACGACGUCAUCGGACUGACCGAGACGAGACGACGUCACCCUCUCAACGCCGUAUACGAAACUGGAGAAGAACUGUUCUUAGGAACAUGCGACAGUAGAGGUGUUGGUGGAGUUGGCGUCCACGUCAACACGAGUAUGGCAAAGAACAUUGACUCUUUCGCACAACUUACGACCCGAAUCGGACGUCUGCGGAUGAGAAGAUGUGGUCCAACACCAGCUUUGAAUAUCUUCGUCGCUUACGCUCCAACAUCGAGCUACGAAGAAGAACAAGUCGAAGCUUUCUAUAUGGACCUGGAGAAAUUCUACCGAGAAGAUCAUGCCUUCUACAAGGUCAUAAUUGGCGAUUUCAACGCCUAA